AUGCAAUUGCACCACUGUCGUGUUGGAGCGAAACUCUGUCCUGAGGGCACGGUCAAAAUGAACAGACUGCUUGCAUCAACACACACGAGGCGAAGGAGCCUCAGCGAUCUUGAAGAGGGCGUUGCGAGCAAGGAUUUCUCGUAA